AUGUCUAAGCAAGAAAUAAAUAAUGUUUCCAAAACUCCAACUAUGUCACUUGUUAAACAGUUAAUACCAAUCACAACUCGAAGCGAAAUCAAAAUUGACCAACCACCACCACCACCAACAACAACAUUACAAAAAACUCCACGUAUUCCUCAAAUAUUGUUACCAUAUAUACCACCAGAUGUACUUAUGUUUGAAUUAUUCAAUGCUAUUCAACGUAAAGCAUGGUUACGAGCAAGAAAAUUAUGUUAUGAAUUGAUUUUAUGUGAUCCAUUAAGAAAAAAUUAUCGUGAUCUUUAUGAUCGUAUUGAUCAAAUCAUAACAAUUAUGGAUCGACGUCGUCGUCGUCCUAAACAAAUUAUUGUUUCUUCUACCAUCACUUCGAGUACUUUACAAACGGCUACAAUAAAAACAACAACAACCUCAACAUCAACAACAUCGACUUUAACGUCUACAACAACAACCUCAACUUCAACAUCAAUAUCAACAACCUCAACUCCAAUAUCAACAUCAACUUCGUCAACAACACUAACCUCGACAACAAUAACAUCAACAACAAUAACUUUGGCAACAACAGCAUCAACAACUUCAACUUCAAUAUCAUCAACAGCUUCUACUUCAACAAAAACCUCGACAUCAACCACUUCGACUUCAAGAUCAACAACCUUAACUUUAUCAACAAUGACAUCCACAAUCGCAACUUCAACAACGACGUCCACGGCGUCAACAAAAACCUCGACCACAUCAACGUCAACAACAACCAGAACAGUAAGUUGUGCUUUUGGUUAUGUUGCAACACCUUCCGUAGCAUGUGUCGAUAUACUAAGUAAUCUUUAUAACUGUGGAUCAAUUGGUUAUGUUUGUUCAUCAAAUUAUAAAAUUUGUUCAGCUGGUAUAUGUAAAACAGGUCUUACUUUACAACUUAGUGGAGCAAUUCCUAUAUCUGCCUGGGUUGGUGUGACUACCGAUGAUGCUAUACAGCAAGUUAGCCUUUCAGUCAAUGUUACACUCUAUAAUUAUAGUACUAAUUCUGUUACUGUAUCAAGUAAUGGGCUUCUUUGUCUUGGCAGUUGUAGUAAUGCUUAUUCAAAUCAAUAUCUUCCAACUACAAGUGUUGGAGGUCCAACAGCGUUUGGUUUUUGGGACGAUUUGGAGAUUUAUAGCGGUACUGGUCAAAUGGUUUAUUAUGCAACUAGUGGAACAGCACCUAAUCGCAUAACAACUUUUGAAUAUUAUAUAAGUUAUUAUGCAUCACCAUCAAGCUAUUUUCAUUUUCAAAUAAUCUUUUAUGAAAAUUUACCUAAUGUUGUUAAAUAUGUUUAUUUCGAAAUAUUUAAUGGAGAAUCAUCAUCAGGACCAAGCAUAACCUAUUCAGUAAAUCAAGCAUAUGCAGUAGCAUAUAAUACAACACUUAUAUUCGAUACAAAUGCAGGUACCUAUACUCGCUUAGGAUGA